AUGUCGUCAUCAACUCUAUCUUCUUCAUCCUCUGGUAUACGUACUUGUCAACCAUUGUGCUUCUGCGAUCUUCAAGCUACAUUCAGAUACUCAAAUACUCCCAGAAAUCCAAGACGACCAUUCUUUGGUUGUCCAAAUUAUAACACGAAGGGAUUACCAUAUUGCAAGUUUUUCAAGUGGGUAGAUGGUGAUCAAUACAUGCAGCUGGAAUUACAAGAUAGAAAAAAUGAACUACUAAGGAAGGAGAAAGAGGUCGAUGAGAGACUUCGCGAUAUUGAGAAGAGGGAGAUUGAGCUCCGUAAGAGGGAGGAUGAGAUUGAGAAGAGAGAGAUGGUGCAAGAUGGUCGAGAUGAGGAGUUUAAAAAGAAGGAGUUCAUGCUCAUUGAGAAAGAAGCUGGAAUAACACGUUCAUGGAAGCUUCUUCGGCUGUCUUGGGUAAAACGUUAG